AUGGCAUUGGAACCCAUAGAUUGCACUAGCCACUCGAGAGAAAUCGAACAGGCAUACCUGAAAGUGGUGAGAGGUGUUGACGCUGAUACAACCUGGCUGAUUAUUUCACCAAACGAGAAAAAGGAAUACACGCCAGCUUUUGUAGGGUCUGCUUUUAGCGAAUUCUUGGAGACUUUUGAUGAUGCUAAGGUUCAGUUCGGACUGGCUCGUGUGUCUCCGCCAGGGUCUGAUGUGGAGAAGCUUAUCUUAAUUGGUUGGUGCCCUGAUUCUGCUCCAAUGAAGACCAGAGCUUCUUUUGCCGCCAAUUUCGGCACAGUGGCCAACCAAGUGCUGAAGGGCUACCAUGUCCAGGUUACCGCUAGAGAUGAGGACGACCUGGACGAGAAAGAACUGCUGCAAAAGAUCAGUAAUGCUGCGGGAGCCCGUUACUCCAUUCAGAUGAACGCUGACAAGCCAAAAGUCACAAGACAGCCGAAGAUUUCGUCUCCACCUCCGGCCAAAGAAUCUCCUAAGCCAAUCAGCCAGUCUCAAACGAAACCUUCCGCAGCAUCUCCUGUUCCAGUUAGAGGUUCUGAUCUUGAAACAGACGAGUGGAACGAGCCUGAGGUGGAGGAACGUGACUUGAACAAGAACCCAUUGCAAGCAAGCCAGUCGACGUACAAGCCGAUUGGCAGAGUAGAUUUGAAGCAAGUUAUUGCCGAGGAAAACGCCAAGGAAGAUCCAAGAUUAGUGAGUGCCACGGAGGCCUCCCGCAAAAUCGCCCCUGAAGCUGAUAUCGCACGUCUGAAGCAGGAAUCAAAAUUGAAGAGGGAUAACGAGAUUAAUAAAUUUUUGGGCACUAAGCCUCCUGUUGCUUCAUCUCCCGCUCAAAAGAACGAUGAUAUGGUUAUCAAGGGCUUCAAGAAUGAAAAGAGCCCUGCUCAACUAUGGGCCGAAAAGAAAGCUGCUGCUUCUGGAUCAUCAGAUAAAGCAGCUGCAGCUCUACAGUCGGAACCAGCCGAGGUACCUGACGAGAAAUUGCCGGUAGAAGAGGAGGAGGAGAAUGUUCAUGACCUGAAGUCAAAGUUCGAGAAACUGGGCACCUUAAGUAAUGAACCACCUAUUAUAAGUCCUCGGCCUGCAGCUUCAAUUCCAUCAGCUCCUGUUGCAGAGAAGGAUGAACCGCCAAAAUUUGACUCCAAAAAGUUUGGUACUCCAUUGCCAGGCAUGCACACUGAGACCUCUAAUGAAGCUAGAGAGGAAAGCGACAGUGACAAUGGCGAUUGGGAUGAUGAAGAGCCAAGCGCACCGACUUUGCCUUCUAGAAACGUAGCCCAGCAUUCUACCAAGACUGAGGAGGAAAACCAAGAAUUGCAAACAUCGCAGGAGUCAAAAACGUUCGACUCUGAGAAGAAAAGCGCAUCUGCUGAAGAAGAACCACCGGCCCCAGCCCUGCCCGCUAGAGAUAGCGGAGCUCCUGCACCUCCACCUCCUGCCAGAAGAUCUGUGCAACAAGCAAAACCUGCUUCCCCAUGCGCUAUUGCAGAGUACGACUACGAAGCGGCAGAGGACAACGAACUAACCUUCAGCGAGAACGACAAGAUCAUCAACAUCGAUUUUGUCGACGAAGAUUGGUGGCUAGGAGAACUGGAGAAAAACGGUGAGAAGGGUUUGUUCCCAAGCAACUACGUAGUGCUCCAAGAAUAA